UGAUGGCGCGUGGAACCCGAUUGGAGCGUCAAUGAAGCCCUCGCGCGGUCUCGACACCUCUUAUAAACCCCCAGAGCGCAGUAAGCGAGGAUACAGCCUGACUGCAGGGACUGGAGCGACAAGUGGCUGCGGGAAAACAACACCAAUGUGUCGGAGCGGGCAGAGGAUGAUGAUGCUGCCGCCUUGCUUACUUGUGGCGUGCUUGCUGCUUGGAUUCGGCCGGGCCGCCUUGUCUUGGACCGGGGAGACCCCGCUGCUGCAGCCUGGGAAUGCGACUCCCAACCUCGACUCCUUCCACACUAACGUCCCAAGCGAGGAUGAUGACGGCGGCGAGACAGCCUCCACCGGCCCGGCUCUUAAACCGGAGGAUCCCGGAUUAAUCUGCUACGAGGAUAGAAUGACACUCAAGCUACCCGGCACUGGCGUGAAGGCGCUCCGUGUGCGAGUGAAGAAUCGCCUCCUUCCAGUGGCGAGCCUGGCCGGGUUUUGCAAGUACAGCGUGACGUUUAGUGGGGGCUACAGCUUGUUCACGACGUCAUUCAAGGGCUGCAACGUGAAGAUACAGGAAAUCAACGGGAUCUCCUCCUUUGUGCUCACCGUGUUCUUCGCAAGGACAGGGGGUGCAGGGCUGGUGAUGAGGUGUCCACAGAGCACCCCCAAAUCUCUCCCCAGCGCAGCCUGUGGGGUCACCACUGUGACCUUUGAACUGCCAGAGGGACCCCUAGAGGAGGUCACAAUCAUAGACCGGUCUGGUUUGGAGAUGCUGAUCAAAGACGCCCCAGAUGAAUGUGCUUUCUACCUGAUGAAGGGAGACGGGAUGAAUGUGCUCACAAUCUCUUACUAUGCCAAGGAUGAAGGCUGUCCUCUUCAAACACAGGUACAAGGUCAAAGCUCUAAAGCCGGCUCAAGGCGCUAUUCUAACCAGUCUUCCUCCCAGAAAAAUACCCUGGUCUUCCAUGUGACGUACAAGGACGCGGAGGGACGGCCAGGCUCCAUAGAGCAGGAGUGUCUCCCAUUAGAACCCCCUGCUGUCUGUGGCCCCUCCAGCAUGAGUACAGAUCUUCCAGAGGGGCCACUAGACCAGGUCUUCAUCCUGGAUGGGAAGAACAACCUGGUUGCUGUGAAGGCCAAUGGCAGUUGUGGCUAUGGGCUGGUCCAGGGGAUUGGGAAGAACUACUUUAUGGCUCCUUACGAUGCUUGUGAUGUGCUGAAACAGAACAUUGACGGCCAUGUCCAUUACUCGCUGUCCGUUUCGUUCUCUGAUGUAAACGAGGUGACUCGCUUGAGGCAUAUGAAGUGCCGUGUCUUGGCUAAGCGUGAGAUCCUCCCUCCCCACCCUGCUGGUGUCUCUGUCUCCUGCAGUGAGGGGUGCAUGACGGUGCUGCUGCCUGCCGGUCCCCUCGACCUGGUCAAAGUCAAGGAUGACUCCAAUAAUCUGGUUGGGGUGCAGUCUGCACCAAGUGCUUGUGGCUACACUCUAGAGGAGAAGGAUGGAAAGACCGUCUUCACAGUGUCUUACACGGCCUGCCAUGUCAAGACCUUGAAUAACUUGUAUGUCCUGACGGUGCUCUUCACCCCCUACUCCUCUCGCCAGAGGGAGGUGACGGUAUCUUCCUGCCCUAUACCCCCAAAUCCCAUCCCCCAAGAAGGCUGUCUGAUCCCAGCUGAGCAGCAGCUUCCCUGUGGCCCCUCUAAGCUCUCUCCAGCGCUGUGCCGGUGGGUUCAUGGUCAUUCUUGGCUGUUUAAAAGCCUGUAUUGGAUUCAAUCUCUCUCUCUCUCCUCAGUGUGCACGGCAGACGAGCAGUUUGUGUUUGCUGUUUACCGCAAGUCUUUCAAUCCUGAGGUCAACCCUGCCAGUCUGGCGCUCGCUGGGGACCAGUCCUGCCUCCCAGUUCUCUGCACUCCAGACUAUGCCAUCUUCAAAUUCCCAGUCACUGGCUGUGGGACCUGCACCUUUGUUGUGGGGGAGACUAGAGUCUACCUGGCUGAGGUGCAGAGCUUGAUCCAACGCAGACAGUGGACCUACGGGCUCGUAACCAGCGACCGUCCCUUUAGUCUCCUUGUGGAAUGUCGUUAUUCUAAAGGGAACGUGGCCAGCACUGGGUUCCUGGUGAAGACCCCCACAGACCUCCGCCCUGCCCCUCACCUGGGGGUGUUUCAGGUGCAGUUACAGAUUGCUAAAGAUGGGACCUUCUCCCAGUUCUACCCCUCCUCCAGCCUGCCCGUGAGUCUCCUCCUGGGGAGCAGAGUUUACCUCGAGCUGCGUCUGAUCAACCCCACUGACCCCAGCCUGGUUCUGCUGGUGCACUACUGCAUUGCUUACCCACGCUCCUCCAGUGCUGUGUGGGUGCUGCUGUACCAGGGUUGUCCAAAUGUCCUGGAUUACGGCAGCUCUGCGUCUCUGCACGUGGACGGCCAGCCCCCCCACUCCAAAUUCAGACGACGCUUCAGUCUCCGAACAUUCCAGUUCCUGAGCAGUGGGCUAGCCCUGGACGAGGAGAUCUCCUUCAUGUGCUCCACUGAAGUCUGUUCUCCAGACCAGCGCCGCUGCAAUGAGGGUUGCUUUGAUGGGAGAGACACUCCCAUCUCAGUCGACCCCAGUAUGAGACUGCGCUGUGCUGGUAAUCCCUGCCCAGGGAGGGUGAUGCUGGAGGGAGCCUAGUGAAGGAGCUCAGAGCCCAGGCAGGAAACUCAGCCCUAAGACUACAGUAACCAUUUCAAAUAAAAAGAACCAACCCA